AUGGAAACCCGACAUCAAGAGCAAUACUCCAGUGUUCUGAGUGAAAUCGUUCUGGACUGGGCUAGCAUGGGUCCUGACGAAGAAUGGGUUAACUCCUACCCAUCCCAGAGAUCACAGGACGGAGGAUACGCAAGCGCAGGUCUGCUGGAGUCUCGGCCGCUGCGAGAGGUUGAUGAAGACCUGGCCUCCGAAAUCAACCUGAGCAACUCCAUCAUGACCGAGGAGGAGCGGGAGGAGGUGACACGGGAGCUCGCCAAGCUGGAAGAGGAGAUCAGUACUUUAAAGCAGGUUUUGACGUCCAAAGAAAAACAACACGCUGAGCUCAAAGAGAAACUGGGCCUCACUCCUAUGAGCGAACUACGGAAUAACUUUAGUCGAGGAUGGCAGGACAUGGCCAACUCCACUGCGUAUAAGAAAACUUCAGAGACACUGUCAACAGCGGGACAGAAGACGACAGCCGCCUUCAGCACCCUGGGCACAGCCAUCACCAGGAAAUUUGGAGAUAUGAGCCUGGCUGGUUUUGAGCUGCUUUUCCCACGAAGGAACUCUCCCAGUUUCAAAUCCUUCGAGGAGAAAGUUGAGACCACAGUGACCAGCAUCAAGACAAAGGUUGGCGGGACAGGACCUGGAGGCAGCUUUGAAGACGUUUUGUCAUCUGCAGCAAACGCUAGUAACCAAGACACACCUACCAACAGUGCGACGGCGGCCCCCAAGGGAUCCUGCUAG